UGGUUUUUGUUUUCUGGGAGGUUCAAUACUCUUUUGGAGUAAAGAGGUAUUGACAAAAUGCCAGAACCAACCAAGAAUACAGGCUCUACUAUCACUGACCAACAAAAGACUGUUCAUGUAGCAGGUGGAAGUAGAACUGAGAUCACAACCCAGACCGUCAAGACAGGGGUCCAAGUGAGAAGGCAACAAGAUGGAAAGACUGAAAAAACAGUCACCCAAACAGAGCACACAAAGCGCACUGUAAUCGUUGAUAAUAAUGUCACCCAUCAGGAGGAGUUUUCAGUUGUCAGUGGGGACUCUAAAGUAAAACUCGGCCACAAAGGAGGUAUGAUUGCAGACAUAUAUAUGCCAGCUUUUGUUCCGGCUCCGCCCAGUUAUGAAAAAAAAGCUAACGGGAAGGAGCCUGAAAAGGCAAAAGAUGAAGAUGACUCUUCUGCUAGUACUCCUCCUCCAGAUGAAAAUGCUCGAUCUUCAGAAAGGAAAGACUCUGUUUGGUUUCUUGGAGAAGGGCAACCUGAUGAUGCGGACAAGAGGGAUAAUUCACAGCGAACAACUUUAUUUAUUGAGAAACCCAAUAGUGGAACAGUAAAUGUGGGGGGUGAUAUUAAGUUUAUAGCAAAAGUGGAGGCAAAGGAUCUCCUCCGUAAACCUAUUGUGAAAUGGAUGAAAGGAAAAUGGAUGGACUUGGCAAGUAAAGCUGGAAAGCAUCUUCAGCUGAAGGACACAUUCGACCGUAUUAAUAAGACAUACACAUAUGAAAUGCAAAUCAUAAAGGCAAAGGAGAACUAUGCUGGAAACUACAGAUGUGAAGUAACGUAUAAAGAUAAAUUUGACAGCUGCUCAUUUGAUCUUGAAGUAAUCGCCGCCCCAGACGCUUCCCAAACUCUGGACAUUAGAUCUGCAUUCAAGAGAAGCGGUGAAGGACAAGAAGAUGCAGGAGAGCUUGACUUUAGUGGUCUCCUGAAACGUAGAGAGUUUAAGCCAGAAGAAGGUCCAGAGAUAGAUGUAUGGGAGAUCCUGAAGAAUGCCAGUCCUAAUGAAUAUGAGAAAAUUGCAUUUCAGUAUGGUAUCACUGACCUGAGAGGCAUGCUGAAAAGACUGAAACGUAUGCGCAGAGAGGAGAAGAAGAGUGCAGCUUUUUCCAAGAAACUGGAUCCUGCUUAUCAGAUUGACAAAGGAGGACGUGUGAGGUUUGUUGUUGAGCUUGCCGAUCCAACAGUGGAGCUCAAAUGGUAUAAAAAUGGUCAGGAGAUACGACCAAGUACCAAGUACAUAUUUGAACAUAAAGGAAACCAAAGGAUACUGUUUAUUAAUAACUGCACAUUGGCAGAUGAUGCUGCAUACCAAGUGUGUGCUGGAGAUGAAAAAUGCUCUACAGAAUUGUUUGUUAGAGAUCCACCGGUGCUGGUCACUAAGGAGCUGGAGAAUGUCAGCACAUAUUGUGGAGAAAGAGUGGAACUAGAAUGCGAGGUAUCCGAUGAAGAAGCCAAUGUGAAAUGGUUUAAAAAUGGUGUGGAGCUUACCAAUGAACCAAGGUCAAGGUACAGACUAAAGGUGGAUGGCAAAAGACACAUUCUAAUUAUAGAUGAUGCCGACAGAGGAGAUUCAGCCACCUAUUCUGUGAUGACUACUGGAGGACAGUCAGCAGCUCAAGUACAAGUUGACCUGCGACCACUGAAAAUAUUGCAACCCCUAACUGAUAUGACUGUGAAUCUUGGCAAAGAAAUUAAUUUAAAGUGUGAAAUCUCUGAGAAUGUUCCUGGAAGGUGGUACAGAAAUGGGCAGCUUAUUUAUGGUGGUGACCACGUGAAGAUAUUUCAUAAAGGAAGGAAUCACAGAUUAAUUAUAGAAAAUGCCCUUGUUGAAGAUGAAGGCGAUUAUGUAUUUGUUCCUGAUCUUUACCUUAUUAAUAUUUCAGCCAACGUACAUGUCAUUGAUCCUCCAAGAAUCCAUUUCGACUCUCUUAAUUACCCAGAUAAUACUGUGGUAGUAGUAGCAGGAACAAAGCUGCGCCUUGAGGUUCCAGUUACCGGUGAACCUGCACCUAAAAUUAUCUGGAGUAGAGGAGAUAAGUGGAUCACAGAUCUGAGCGGUCGUGUAAGGGCAGAGUCUUUCCCUGAUCAUGGACUUUUAGUCAUUGACUGUGCAGAAAAGGAAGAUACUGCGACAUACAGGAUGAUGGUAAAGAAUGAAGCAGGGGAAGCUGUAGCUCACAUCAAAAUAAAGGUUGUUGAUAUCCCUGAUGCACCACUAGCUCCUGAUGUAACUGAGGUUGGAGAGGAUUGGUGUACUAUGAAAUGGGAGCCACCAUUAUAUGAUGGCGGAUGCCCUAUUAUGGGCUAUUUUAUUGAAAGAAAGAAGAAGCAGAGCUCCAGGUGGAUGAGAUUAAAUUUUGACUUAUGCAAGGAUACCGUUUUUGAACCCAAAAAAAUGAUUGAAGGUGUGGCUUAUGAGGUCCGGGUUUUUGCUGUCAACUCAAUCGGGAUUUCUAAACCAAGCCUGCCUUCCAAACCUUUUGUCCCAUUAGCUGUCACGAGUGCACCAACCAUGCUGACUGUAGAUGGAGUGACUGAUAACUCAGUGACAAUGAAAUGGAGACCUCCUGAUCACAUUGGUGCUGCAGGGUUAGAUGGUUAUGUUAUUGAGUACUGCUUUGAAGGAGGAGGAAAUGAGAAGCACGAAAAACCUGAAUUUACAGAUCGGGAGACAGAAAUUUUAGUUGAUUUGGUGUCUAAGAGUGGCUCACAAAUCUGUGGUGCUUUGUCUGCUAAAACUACCAAAGCUGAGAAGAGUAAGAUAUGGGGAGACAUCCAAGCCAAGGUUAAUGCCAUGGGGGGCAAGAACAGGUCCGUUGCAGACUUCAAGAAAAAAUGGAAUGCUCUUAAAAAGCAAACCAAGGAUAAAUUGCAACAAAAUAUAAAAGACGUUAUUGUGGAGAAUGGAAAUGUGCCUGAAUCUGCUGGGAACCUUUCUCCUCUGGAGAAACGUGUGGAGGCCAUGUUGGAACUUGAAGAGUUGGAAGGAACUCCUGGAAUUGAAGAGGAUAUCCAAGAUGAUGUUACUGGAGGAGGAGCAGACAUGCCGAUAAUUACAGAUGAGGAAAUGAACACUUUAGUGGAUAAUAUUGCCAAACUUGGGUCCCAACUGUUUGGAGCCCAAACCAACGCUUCAGAUAAGGACAAAAUAUGGGCAGAUAUACAAAAGCACAUAAAUGCUGUAGGGGGCAAUAACAGGUCAGUCGAAGAACUAAAGAAAGCAUGGAAAAACCUCAAGCGGCAAACAAAGAAAAAGCUGGACCAUAACAAAACCCAGAAAUUAUUGGAGAGUAAAGGAGAAACAGCCAAUUUUAUUGAGUUGACAUCCUUAGAAAAACGUGUGGAGGUUGUAUUACAUAUCAAAGAAAUUGACUCUGAGGACUUCCAGGAGGAACCAGAUGAAGCGGAGGAAUGGAUUGUUGCAAAUCCUGAAAUGACAGAUAAGACAAGGUUCACAAUUAAUGACCUGCCAACAGGUUCUAAAAUCUUUGUCAGAGUUAAAACAGUGAAUGCUGCUGGUAAGAGUGACCCCAGAAUACAUCCCCAGCCAAUCUUAGUAAAAGAGGUCAUAGUACCUCCAAAGAUUCGUCUUCCACGACACCUAAAGCAAACCUAUAUUCGAAAAGUUGGAGAAGCUGUAAACCUUGUAAUACCUUUCCAGGGAAAACCCAGACCCAAAGUAUCUUGGAAAAAGAAUGGCUCACAUGUGGACAAAACACAAAUAAGCAUCCGCAACACUGAAUGCGACACUAUCCUUUUCAUCCGGAAAGCAGAGAGAAGUCAUUCCGGAAAAUAUGAUUUGAAGGUGAAAGUUGAGAACCUACAAGAUAAGGCAUCAAUCUUUAUUCAGAUUGUUGAAAAACCUGGACCUCCACAGUCUGUAGAUAUUGAAGAAGUGUGGGGAGAGAAUGUUGCACUAGAAUGGAAGCCACCAGUAGACAAUGGCAAUGCUGCAAUCAUAGGAUACACUAUACAGAAAGCAGACAAGAAAACCAUGGAAUGGUUCACAGUUCUGGAGCACUACCAUAGAACCAGUGCAACCAUAUCAGAACUUGUAAUAGGAAAUGAGUAUUAUUUCCGUGUCUUCUCUGAAAAUAUGUGCGGCCUCAGUGAAACAGCAACUAGGACCGUAAACUGUGCACUUAUUGAGAAGGAAGGAAAACCUUAUAAGCGUCCAGAAUAUCAAGAUUUUGACUUCAAAGAAGCACCUCAGUUUACUCAUCCCUUAGUUCAUACAGUAGCCAUUGCUGGGUACAAUGCUACAUUGAACUGCAGUGUUCGCGGAAAUCCAAAGCCCAAAAUUACUUGGAUGAAAAAUAAAGUGAUAAUUGAAAAUGACCCCAGAUACAGAAUGUUUAGCAACCAAAGUGUAUGUACAUUGGAGAUACGUAAGCCAAGCCCCUAUGAUGGAGCCACAUACACCUGCAAAGCAGUCAAUGACCUGGGUGAGGCCGAAGUUGACUGCAAGCUUGAAGUGAAAGGUGGGCUCACGUUUUUUCGCCUUCUAAUGCAAGGUGUGCCUUUGUCUGUCAUCGAUUCUUACUUGCGCGAGCGGAAUGCCAAUAUGCAAGAAAGAGCAUGAGCAAGUCGAGAAAGCCAGCUGCUUUAAUACUGCAUUGAAUCUAAAUGCCAUUGUUUGAUCCUGAAGCUGCAUUUAUAUUCUGUUUUAUAUGUCUGUUGUCUUUACAUGUUUGUGACAGAUAAGAUUAAUGCAUGAGUUGUCCUGGGGAAGGGAUGGAAGAGCUUAAUGUUUGGCUUGAGGCUUUUAUACAACAAGACGCAGUAUGGAUAAUUGAUAUCCCUACUUGAAGCAGCAAAAUACUUGACUUGUUCAAAGAAGAUAAAUACAUUGAAUUAAACUUUGUUUUGUGGUUUAAUAUAUGGCCUUACUUAUCAAUGAUAUAUAGCAAAGAUUUCAUGGAGCAGAUUUGUUAGUGUUUUGAUUUCUCCAAGUAAGACUCUUCAAGCGUAAAUCUAUUUAGG